AUAACACAAAUUUUUCAACAACAUCAUAAAUAGUGUUAAUCUUUCUGCAAUUCGAUUUUAUCAAAAGAUAGAUCCAUGCUUGUGUUAGAUUCAACCGUUAAGUUGUUAAUUAUUCAACACAUUUCGAUUAAGCUUUAGAAAACAACAGAAAUGAUGUUGAUAUGGAAUCAGAACAGCAUAUAGUACGUUAUUAGAAUAGCUAAUAUCUGCUUUGUUCUACUUAAUGUCAACAAAAGUAAAUAGAUAUUUUAUCUUCAUCUGAAGAACCAUGAAUUUUGUCGUGAAAAAAACACUGAGCCUUUUUCGUAUUAUUGACAGAAUAAUAAAUUAUUCGAUAUUAGCCAAAAUAUUGAAAAGUUCGAAGCACCAUUUAUUAAAUCAUAACCUAUCAGGACUAAAUUAUUCUCAAACAUAUUGCCUAUUCAAAGUAUUUUGAAAACAAGAUUCAAAUUUUUUAAACUCUUUUAAUAAAAAAAUAGAACGUUUUUGCCAGUGAUUUAUGUAUUUUCUUUCUAUAUCUUUAUCGUCUGAAUAAGAUCAUUUCAUUGCUCAGAGAAAUAUGAUUGAAAAUUUCAAAUAGCUUAUAAUAAAUACGAUUAGCGAGAGUAUUAUUACCGUAAUUUUUCCACUUCGUUACAUUUAUUUUCACAUAUGAAGUAAAUUUUUCUCGAUUUUUGUAGUAACAACAUCAAACAUAAGGAAAACUACAACAACAGGUAAGCUGAAAAUAAUUAAAAUGAAAAUUAAUUAAAAUAAUAUUCUUAUGAAAUUUCAAGUAACAACCACAACAUCAACAAGUUCAAGUAGAAAUACGAUUCGAAUCUUUCAUAUUUUACUUCUUUUUUUUUUUAUUUGUCUUUUAUUUAAAAGCUACGACGACGAGUACAACAAGCACAACGAGUACAACAACAUCUUCAACUACAACUUCAUCAACAAGCACAACAACAUCAACAACAUCAACAACUUCAAGCACGAGCACAUCAACAACAUACACUGGAAGUUCAACAAUCUCUAAUACUUGUCAGUCAUUUAAUGAUAAAUAAUUACAUGUUUAAAAUGUCAUUAAUUAUUUUAGGUAACGAUCUUCAGUGGAAUCAAACAGGUGCGGUUGUUGUUAAUCAAUUUAAGAAUGCAGCUGCCUUAUAUAUUGGUACAAAUGAUACUCUAUAUGUUUCUGACGCCGGUAACAAUCAUGUUCAACAAUGGAGUCAAUGUGCAACAAGUGCCGAGACAAUAGCUGGUAGCAAUACUAGUAAUUCGGGUUCAACUUCGACUUUGUUUGACAGUCCUGAUGACAUUACUUUUGACAAAUAUGGAUAUAUGUAUGUAGCUGAUCAUAAUAAUCAUCGUGUACAACGCUUUCCUCCGAAUUCUAAUAUUGGUACAACGGUUGCUGGAACUGGAACUAAAUCAGGUGCAUUAACAGAUUUAGAUCAUUUAGCAGCGAUUGAUGUUGAUGACAAUUUAAAUAUUUAUAUUGCUGAUAUACAUAAUGAUCGAAUCGUCAAAUGGGCUUCGAACGCAACUAGUGGUACUGUUGUAGUUAGUAACAGUCUCAUCGAUAAAUCCUAUGACAUCCUACUUUCACCUAGUUCAUCAAAUCAAGUCUAUACAAGUAAUUCAGACAAAGAUAAAGUAUAUAUAUGGACAUUUGGUAAUAAUAGUCCAACAUCAACUCUUAGUCAAGUCAAUGCUACUAAAAAUGCUCUUGCCAAGCCGAAAGGCAUGGUUUUUGAUCCAUAUGGUAAUUUGUAUGUGGUCGAUUCGGAUAAUGAUCGAGUGGUGAUGUAUUGUGCCAAUUCAGCAGUUGGCAUUGUGGUCGUUGGAGGUAGCAGUACAACACCUGAUCUUGAUAAACCAACAGCUGUUGCCUUAGAUUCAAAUCUUAAUUUGUAUGUGGCCAUUAGUGGUGGCACUAAAGUAGCUGAAUUUGCUCGGCUAUGA